AUGGAAACCAAAACAAUGGCCAAAGGAAAUCAGACCACAGUGACUGAGUUCAUUCUCCUUGGCUUCACAGAACAUCAAGAGAUACAGGUAGUCCUCUUUGUGCUCUUCCUGGCCAUCUAUGUGGCCACUCUGGUGGGGAACAUCGGCAUCAUCACAUUAAUCUGGAUCACUCCCAGUCUGCACUACCCAAUGUACUUUUUCCUCAGCCAUCUGGCUUUCCUAGACCUCAGUUAUUCCUCUGCCAUUACUCCCAAGAUGCUGGCCAAUUUCUUAGCAGAGAAGAAGACUAUUUCAUUUGCAGGAUGCAUUGCCCAAAUGUAUCUGUUUGCUUCCUUUGCAGAUGCAGAGUGCCUCCUGCUGGCUGCCAUGGCGUACGACCGCUACAUGGCCAUUUGUAACCCACUGCUCUAUCCAGUUCUCAUGUCCCACAAGGUUUGUGUCUGGCUGGUAGCUGGCUCCUAUCUCACGGGCAGCAUGAGCUCACUAAUGCACACUUACUUUGCAUUCAGACUUCCUUUCUGCAAUUCCAAUGUCAUCAAUCAUUUCUUCUGUGACAUCCCUCCAUUGUUAGCCCUCUCCUGCUCCAACACCCAUUUCAAUGAAAUCCUGCUCUUUGCCCUCUGUGGUUUCAUCCAAACUAGCACUUUUGUCUUCAUCCUUAUCUCAUAUGCCUGCAUCCUUUGUAGCAUCCUGAGGAUUCACUCAACAAAAGGUCGCCACAAAGCCUUUUCGACUUGCACGUCCCACUUGAUGGCUGUUGCUCUGUAUUAUGGGACUCUUCUCUUCACCUACUUGCGGCCAAGCUCCAGCUAUGCUCUGGACACUGACAAAAUAAUCUCAGUGUUUUAUACUGUGAUUUUCCCCAUGUUGAACCCCUUAAUCUACACGUUGAGAAAUGGAGAAGUGAAGGAUACCCUCAGCAAGAUAUUACGAAGCCCAUGCAAGAGAUUCAGAAUGCUCUGA